AAAUUGAGCCGCACUUUGUAUUCUUCGUGUUUUUUGCUCAGACGUCGAUGUAAGCGAACGCGUCGCUCGUUUCGGUUUCGGUUCCGUUUCGGUUGUUUCCAAAUAAUUUCCAUACCCACUCAAAAGAUACAGAAAUUCUUUGCAUAAACCAUCUGAGAGAUACACAUACCCCAGUUGAACAAUUUCCGAAUGCAUUUUUGGGUUUAUUUUUCAAAGUGAAAAUUCCCCCCACCAGUGAGAAGUGCUGCCUGAAAAUUCUUUAUUCGAAAAUAAAGAUGAAAUAAAAUUGUUAUCGAAAAAUUCUCAAUUGGCUUUGUGCGUGUUUUGCGGCCUGUUUUGUAUCUACGAAUAUCCAUCUGUACACGCGUACACACAAAUACAGAAAUAUAGCAUUUAAUUUCGUCUAUUAUGUGUGCAAUUAUUAAAUAAAUAAAAAAUUUGGUGUGUGAAAAAACAACAACAAAAUUACAGGCAACAAAAAUUGCGGCGCAGAGCAGAGGGCCAGAGCCGGAGCCAGCCAUAAAUUAAACGCGUAAAUUGCGUGGCAAAUUCUGAAUGAAAAAAUAACAGAAGCAGAAGCAGAGUCAGAGAACGGAGAACGGAGAACGAGCCAGAAUCAGAAAGAGAAGAAUUAGGCAUAAGCACUGCCAUAUUGCAACAAAAAGCAUCAACAAAAAAAAAGGAAAUAAAACUGAUAUAAAGAACACUCAAACCAUAUAUCAACAGAGCAACCAAACUACCUCGAUUGCUGCUUGGCUGCCAGCCAACAAAUAAAAGAAAAUAAAAACACAAAAAGUGUGCUAAAGCGAAUGAAGAAUCGUAAGCCCAGUGAAUGCACAGCUCCAAUGUAGGGUGGGGAAAAUGGAACAGGCAAUAACCAGCAGCAGCAGCAGGACCACUUAAAGGACAAAGGACCAAGUACAGUUUGCACAGAGAACGCUACAAACGCGACGCCCACUCCCCCUCACAGACGCACUCGAUCCAAAAGGAAUUCCAGUGGCCAGCAGAUCUCUUCCCUUGCGGCAGAAUGAAGAGCAACGGGGAUGUGGAGGCGGCAACGCCACAGCCUGUGGCAGCCACAAAGGCCAGCAAUGGCCACAGUCAGACCAAUGGCAAUGGCAAUGGCAAUGGCUACCAUCAGAAUGGAGGAGGCGGCGGCGGCAGACGUGACUCCACGCAGGCCUUUACGCCGCUCCUGGCGCAGCACAAUCAGACGAAUGGCGAGGGGCUGGGCAACGCGGGGCCCACCACCGGACAGACCACGCCCAGCGGCAACACCGUGCUGUACGAGAGCACGCCCAGCAACAACAACGAGUGGAAGGCCUCGGAGGACAUCAACAACCUGAAGAACGGCCUCGGGGGGCUGCUGAGCAGCAACAACAACGGCACCGGCAACGGGCACAGUCUGCGCGAGAAGUAUGCCCACGAGCAGGCGCCGCUGACGGGCGGCUACAAGCUGCCAGCACGCUCCAGCGAGUCGGAUGAGUCGGAUGACUUUGACUCGGACCUCAACGGCGGCGCCGACGAGGGCUCCAGCUGCGGGCUCUUCGGCUGCCGUCCGCGCUGGGCGCGCCGCUUCGCCUCGACGCACGUGUUCAUGGUGGUGUUCCUGCUGGCGUACAUACUGCAGGGCAUGUACAUGACCUACUUCGUGUCGGUGAUCACCACCAUCGAGAAGCUCUUCCAGAUCAAGUCCAAGACCACGGGCCUGCUGCUGAGCGCCAGCGAGAUGGGCCAGAUCUGCACGGCCAUGCUGCUCACGUAUUUCGCGGGACGGGGACAUCGUCCGCGGUGGAUUGCCUGCGGCAUGGUGCUCUUCUCCAUUGCAGCCUUUGCCUGUGCGCUGCCACACUUCAUUUUCGGGGAGCAGCUGAUGCACUCGAGCGUGAUCCUGCAGCAGCAGCAGCCCGCGCUGUCGGAGUCCUCGCUGCUGUGGCACAAUGCCAGCCGCGAGCUGCUCAAUCCGAAUCUCUGCCACUUGGGCGGCAACGGCUCGCUGGCCGGCAGCGAGUGCAACGAGGAGCGGCAGCUGGAGCAGGCCUCCCACUCAAAGAUCACCGUCAUCGUUCUGUGCAUCUUCUUUGGCAGCUUGCUCAGCUCGGGCAUUGGCCAGACGGCGGUGGCCACGCUGGGCAUUCCCUACAUCGAUGACAAUGUCGGCAGCAAGCAGUCGCCCAUGUACAUGGCCGUCACCAUUGGCAUGCGCAUCCUGGGACCCGCCUCCGGCUUCAUCUUUGGCAGCUUCUGCACCCGCUGGUACGUGAACUUCUCGAAUCCGGGCUUCGAUGCCAGCGACCCGCGCUGGAUUGGCGCCUGGUGGCUGGGCCCCGUGGCCAUUGGCAGCCUCAUGCUGCUGACCUCCAUUGCCAUGUUCUCGUUCCCCAAGCAGCUGCGCGGCAAGCAGCAAACGCAGGCUCAAGCGGUGGCCGCUGCGGCAGCUGCAGCCGAAACGGAGGAGAAACCCAAGCUGAAGGAUUUCCCCAAGACAGUGCGCCGGCAGCUGAGCAACGACAUACUGAUGUUCCGCACUGCCUCGUGUGUGUUCCACUUGCUGCCCAUUGCCGGGCUGUACACGUUCCUGCCCAAGUACCUGGAGACACAGUUCCGACUGGCCACCUACGAUGCCAACAUGAUUGCCGCCUUCUGUGGCAUUCUCGUCAUGGGCAUUGGCAUUGUCAUCUCGGGGCUGUUCAUCCUCAAGCGCAAACCCACCGCUCAGGGUGUAGCCGCCUGGAUAGCCUUCACCGCUUUGGUUUACUCCGCUGGCAUGAUCAUCCUGAUGUUCAUUGGCUGCAGCAUGGAUGACUUUGCCGGCUACAAGGCUGGCAAUGCCAACAGUCCCGCUCUGAUCGAGCCCACUUGCAGCGCAGCAAUCAAUUGUACCUGUGAUAAGGAGAACUUUGCACCGAUCUGUGCCGAUGGUACGAUGUAUAUAUCGGCCUGCCAUGCCGGCUGCAGCACCAGCUCGCUGCGGCCCAGCGAUAAUCGCACACUCUACUCGGAUUGUGCUUGCAUUCCAGAUGCUGCGGAGGCGGUCAACGGUUACUGUGAUAAUAACUGCAAGAACUUCAUCUACUUUAUAUUGAUCUUUGCCAUUUGUGUAUUUAUGCAUUCCACCUCCGAGGUGGGCAGCAUGCUGCUCGUCAUGCGCUGCACACAUCCCAAAGACAAAGCCAUGGCCAUGGGUGUCAUACAGUCGGCCAUUGGGCUAUUUGGGAAUGUUCCGUGUCCCAUCAUCUACGGCGCUGUGGUGGACUCUGCCUGCCUCAUUUGGAAGUCGGUGUGUGGCAAGCAUGGUGCCUGCUCGCUCUACGAUGCGGAUACCUUCAGGCAUUACUUCUUAGGCAUCACGGCUGGCAUCAUGUUUCUGGCUUUUCUCAUGGAUCUGGUGGUGUGGCGCAAGGCGCAUCGCAUUGACAUUGCACCCGAGGAUCCACAGGAGGGUGGCACAGCAACGGCCAAUGGCCGCUCCCUGGAUGUGUCCGAGUCAAAGCAACCCAUUAGCCCGGCGCCAGACACCACUGUUUAGAUCUGGGUGCAACAUUUGGGGAACAGGACGGGACACAGACACACGCAUUGCAGGAAACUCUGCAAGAUUUCCAAUAAACGUUAAACCUUAAUUGUUAAUUAGUUAUCAUUUUGUCUAGUUGUUUAGCCUAGUGCAAGAGUUAUGUAAUUAGUUAUACCCCCUACCCCUCUGCCCUACUCUAUCCCAUAUACUCGUAGGAAUUAUGGUAAACGAUUUUGAAAUCUGUGUAAAUCUCAACGUUAUAGUCGAAAAGAAGGAUCGAAGCAAAUAAUAAUGUAAUUGUAGCAAACACUAUCGAGAUGCUAUCGAUUAAUGAUCGAUGAUCGAUGAUCGAUAGAAAAUUGUGCAAAAUGGCCACAAACAAAAAAAUGAGAUAAAUCUACUCUAAAAUUGUAUGUAAAAGCUAUAACUGAUGUAUGAUGUAUGUUUUAUACUUAUAUUUGUAUGUGUAAUUACGCGUUAUAUACUAGACAUUUACAUACACAUUGAUGUACAUUUAUGUAUGUAUGUAAUGGCAACCUAUCUGUGGUAGUUAAAUUUUAGUUAAAAUUCAAAUUAAAUGUCUAAGUUUGUCAUAAAACAGCAGCAGCAGCAACAACAACAAUAUACGAAAAGAAAUUAAA